AUGGAGUUGUUUUACUAUGCUGUGUUUGGUGGGUUGGCCGCGGUGGUGGCAGCAUUGGAGCUGAGUAAAACAAACAAGGAUCGGAUUAAUACUUCAACUGCUUUCAAUUCGUUCAAGAACAAUUACGUUGUUGUUUAUUCUCUAAUGAUGGCGGGUGACUGGUUGCAGGGUCCAUAUGUUUACUACCUUUACACUACUUAUGGCUUUGGGAAGGGGGAAAUUGGACAGCUCUUUAUCGCAGGAUUUGGAUCUUCCAUGUUGUUUGGUACAAUUGUUGGAUCUCUAGCAGACAAACAGGGACGCAAGAGAGCUUGUGUGACUUAUUGCAUAACGUAUAUAUUGAGCUGCAUAACUAAGCACUCCCCUCAAUACAAAGUUCUGAUGCUGGGACGUAUUUUGGGUGGCAUUGCCACAUCUCUUUUGUUUUCAGCAUUCGAGUCAUGGCUUGUGGCAGAACACUUCAAGAGGAAUUUUGACCAGCAAUGGCUCUCAUUAACUUUCUCCAAGGCAGUUUUUUUUGGAAAUGGUCUCGUUGCUAUUAUCUCUGGGUUGUUUGGAAAUCUGCUUGUUGAUACCUUCAGUCUUGGGCCAGUAUCACCCUUCGAUGCUGCUGCCUGCUUUCUAGCUGUUGGAAUGGCCAUAAUAUUAUCAUCAUGGAGCGAAAACUAUGGGGACCCAUCAGAGAACAAAGAUUUACUCACUCAGUUCAAGGGUGCAGCUGUGGCAAUUGCUUCAGAUGAGAAGAUUGCAUUGCUGGGUGCGAUACAGUCUCUGUUUGAAGGUUCAAUGUAUACAUUUGUAUUUCUUUGGACACCUGCCCUGAGUCCAAAUGAUGAAGAUAUUCCCCAUGGUUUUAUUUUCGCUACUUUUAUGUUGGCUUCAAUGUUGGGAAGCUCAAUAGCAUCUCGUCUAUUAGCCCGCAACUCACUUAAAGUGGAGAGCUACAUGCAGAUUGUAUUUGUUAUUUCUUCUGCCUCUCUUAUGCUUCCAAUUGUGACCAGUUUCUUGGUCGCUCCAUCGAAGGUGAAGGGGGGUGGCAUCUCAUUUUCGGGCUGUCUCCAGCUUCUUGGCUUCUGUACUUUUGAGGCUUGUGUAGGAAUUUUCUGGCCAUCCAUUAUGAAGAUGAGAUCCCAAUACGUCCCUGAGGAGGCUAGAAGCACCAUCAUGAACUUCUUCCGCAUCCCCCUAAACAUGUUUGUUUGCAUUGUUCUAUAUAAUGUUGAUGGAUUCCCCAUCACUGUCAUGUUUGGUAUGUGCUCAAUCUUCCUUUUUGUGGCGUCCAUUCUACAGAGACGUCUCUCAGCAAUUGCAGACAAGCCAAAAACGGAAGAUUGGGCCACGAUGAAGGAUAAGGAUGCCGAGGGGGAGCCACUAAAUGUUAUGUGA